AUGUUUCAAAUACCCGAUUGGGAAGACAGUGUACCAUCUUCAGAUAUCAAAUUCGAUGUAACAACUUCGAAAUAUAAAAAGAAACAUGGUAGUAAAAAUAUUGAUCAUGCAACUAAAGUUGAUACUAAACACAAUAGCAUAAUCCAACUCAAUGGACAUCCAAAAUCAAAUAAAAAGAAAAAUGUUGAUGAAAUCUUAUUAAAUGGAAAAACAUUGAAUCUUAAACGCCCAUUGUCGUCAAACAAACAAAUUGAAAAGAAUAAGAGUCCUCAUAAAAGUGAUACCAAUAUAAUGGGGAGAUUUGUUCGACUGAAACCACCAAAUAACUUGGCAGAGCAGACGGUAGGUAAAAAAUCAAAUCAUAUAAAACAGAAAAAUAAACUGAAUACUAUGGACAAUAAUGAAGAAUCUGAUAAAUUGAAAUCCAUACAAAUAAGUCCAAAGCAUCCUUUGACCAAAAUUAAUGAUAAAGAUGUUGAUUUAAAUGAAAAUUUUGAUCAAAGUUUAGAUACAGAUCAAUUAGAUGAGGUCAUUAUUAAUGCCAAGAAAAGAAAACUGAAUUCAUUUAAUACUAAAGAAGAGAAAGAUGUAGUAGAGAUGUUUACAGAAAGCAGCAAACCACUUUCAAAGAAAAAGGCAGUUUUAAAGAAUAUGUUACUUAAAGUUGGCCAAAGAAAUUCUAUUCAAGUAAAUGGAAACAGUUUAAGAGAAAGAAUGCUACAACGGCUGAAAGCUGCUCAAUUUAGGUAUAUAAAUGAGAAGUUAUAUACAUCAUCAGGAUCUGAUGCUGUAAGGUUAUUCCAAGAGGAUCCUGAUGCUUUCAAAACAUACCACCAAGGAUACCAACAACAGGUCAAGAAGUGGCCUGUUAAUCCAAUUGAUCUUAUUGUUCAAAGGAUUUCAAAGAUGCCAAGAACCCACCUCAUAGCUGAUAUGGGUUGUGGAGAAGCAGUACUGUCUAAACGAGUGGCUCAGAAAGUCCGUUCUUUUGACUUAGUGUCAUUUAAUUCAAAUGUGGAAGUUUGUGACAUUGCUCAUACACCAUUAUUGGCCAGUUCAAUGGAUGUAGCUGUGUACUGUUUAGCAUUAAUGGGCACAGAUCUUACACAGUACUUGGUUGAAGCAAACAGAGUGCUGAAGACUGGUGGUUACCUACUUAUAGCUGAAGUAGAGAGUAGAUUCGACAAUGUGGACACAUUUGUAGCAGAAGUGCAGAAAAUUGGUUUCUCUCUGAAAAAGAUAGAUAAGAAUAACCAAGUAUUCUACUUCAUGGAGUUCACCAAGAUUCGGGAGGCUCCCAAGAAGUCGAAGCUACCUUAUUUGACUUUAAAACCAUGUUUAUAUAAGAAACGAUAA